AUUAUUAAAAUAAGUCAUAUAUAAAGCCCCAAAUUGGAUAGAGCCUGAUUAUUAAAAGCUCCAACAUCUUUCUCCCUUCCUCUAACAAAAUAAUUUUCUCCUACCUAGUAAUUACAAUGGGCGUCGGAAUGUCAUCAACCGACGGCGGAAAUCACGGCGGAGAAACGCCGGAAUAUCGUCGUAAACUAGAAGAUAUACCGGAAAGUUGUAUAGCUAUGGUAUUAGGCCACCUUGACCCGCCGGAGAUUUGCCGUUUGGCUCGGCUUAAUCGGGCCUUUCGCGGUGCUUCCUCCGCUGAUUUCAUAUGGGAGACAAAACUUCCUACGAAUUAUUCGUUCAUUGUUAAUAAGAUUUCUGAAUUGAAUCAUAAGAAUGAUGAUGAUAUGAAGAAUUACGGUGGUAGUAAAGAUAUAUCCACGGGUUUAAAUAAAAAAGAUAUUUUUGCCCGCCUUUCUCGCCACAACCUUUUCGAUUCCGGCAAUAAGGAAAUAUGGUUGGACAAGAAAACUGGAGGUGUAUGUGUGUCAAUAUCAUCAAAGGCACUGUCAAUUACUGGUAUUGAUGACAGGCGAUACUGGAAUCACAUUCCCACUGAGGAAUCUAGUAGAUUCCAGACAGUUGCAUAUCUUCUUCAGAUAUGGUGGUUUGAAGUUUGUGGGGAACUGGAGUUCAAAUUCCCAGCAGGAACAUAUAGCCUCUUCUUCAGAAUCCAGCUUGGCAAGUCUUCUAAGAGGUUUGGUCGUCGUUCAUGUAAUGUGGAGCAUAUACAUGGGUGGAACCUAAGACCAGUACGAUUCCAGCUGACAACAUCAGACGGUCAGCAUGCUUCGUCAGAGUGUUAUUUGGAUAGUCCUGGAUCAUGGAUCCUCUACCACGGAGGAGAUUUUGUCGUCAAAGAAACUGAUAAAUUGACAAAGAUUAAGUUUUCAGCUAGGCAAAUCGAUUGCACCCACAUAAAAGGGGGUCUCUCUUUUGAUUCUGUCAUGAUUUUACCCAAGAGUAUAGCCAGUAAAGCUAGAUAAUUUUUGUAGAUAUAUGUUAAAUAGUGAGUGUGUCAUAGAAAAAAAAACAGAAUAGUUUUCAGGUUGGUUUGCAUAAGGGCUUUUCCAUGUACAUAUUUUUUUUUUACUAGGGGGAGCUUGGCAUUGUUAGCCCAUAGUUGUUCUGUUCUGAAGAUCGCGCAAUCUUAUAUAUUUAGCCUUUAGCAGAAGGCAGUUCUAUAAGUGAUCUAGGAAUUUAGAAGGCAGUACGAUGUUUUUUUCAGGUUUGGUUUUUUGAAAGUUUUGUGUAUUAAAAUUGUUUAAUUAGAUGAUGUUUGCUUUUGAGAA